CUGAGGGAAGAAGACACGAAAGAGAAAGAGCCGUCUCGGCCCUUCCUGAUCUGUGACAGGAGUUCGCCUGAAGGGAGAGAGCCGGAGGGCAAAAGGCCGGUCGAAGGCUUCAUGGGGAACGUGGGGAGCCAUAGCGAGGGCGAGGAAGAAGAGGAGGAGGCGGCAGCGGAAGGAGGGGGAGGAGGAGGAACGGCGAGCAUCGUCACCUGGAGCAAUAGUAACGGCAACUGGGCCGCUGCCACCAGCGAGUCACCUCCGCCGGGAGCUAUGGAGGCCACCUUCCCGGGCCUAGCUUCCCCUCCGCCGGCUUCGUCGUCGUCUUCCUCGGCCGCCUCGACCCUCCCGCCGCCGGCGGUGUUGCUGGGACAGGCCCGGCUGCGCGAGGAAGCCGCCGCUCGCCUGCGCGAGGUGCCCUCGGCCGAGACGCUGCUCUCGCGCCACCACGCCGCCCUGGUGCGCUGGUUGGAGGAGCGCCUGGGCCGCGGGGAGCACGCCAUCGGCCUCGAGCAGCUCUGCGAAGCCUUGGAGAUCCGCGCUGGACCCGCGCAAGGGACGGCCACCGCCGCCGGGGCAGGAGGGGACGCCGCUGCCGCUGCAGCCGAGGAGCGAGUCAGGAGCGAAGAGGCGUUUGCUCAGUUUGAUCCUGAGGGCGAUGGCACAGUGGAUGUGGAAAAUAUGCUGGAGGUUCUCAAGAAUUCUAGUGGUGCAAAUUUGCAAGGAGAGCUUAGUCACGUAAUCCGGCAGAUGCAGAGUUGUUCACUUAUUCCAGGUUUUGUAGAUAUAUUUUCAGACUCAAAUGAGCGCCUUAGUCUUCAUGCUACUAUGAUUCUUAGAUUCCUGCAUCGACAUCGUAUCACCAGCACUGUUAUCCCAUAUCCAGUCUUGGAAUACUUUAACAAUAUUUGCACUAUGCGAUCUUCUGUACUAAAGGAUUCUUUAGAUCGACUACUCCUAAAAGGAAAAGAGAGCCCUAGUGAUUUAAAUGGAAAUCAGGAAUUGGACAAACUCAAAUCAGUUUCUAAGUGCUACACCCAUAUAGAAACCUCCUCUAAUUCAGCCGAUGUAGAAAAAAUGACAAAUGGAGAAACUUCCUCCUUCUGGCAAUCGGAUGGGAGUGCUCGAUCACACUGGAUACGUUUAAAGAUGAAGCCAGAUGUCAUUCUGAGGCACCUCUCCAUUGCUGUCGCAGCGAACGACCAGAGUUACAUGCCCCAGCAAAUUACAGUAGCAGUUGGAAGGACUCCCAACAAUCUCCAGGAGGUCCGAGAUGUUCACAUUCCCAGCAAUGUUACUGGAUACGUGACAUUGUUGGAAAACGCUAACAUUAGUCAGAUGUAUGUACAGAUUAACAUCAAGCGUUGCCUUAGUGAUGGAUGUGACACAAGAAUUCAUGGUCUCAGGGCUAUUGGGUACCAAAGAGUGAAAAAAGACUGUGUCUCUGUAUGUGAUGCUUCAGCAAUCUGGUACUGGUCACUUUUGACCUCUCUGGUCACAGCAUCCAUGGAAACCAACCCUGCGAUUGUUCAUGCCAUUCUGCAAAAUACCCAGAAGGCAUUGCAACAUAUGCCACCUCUGUCUCUGUCUCCAGGCUCUACAGACAUUUCAAGUUUCUUAUCUUCCAAUGUUUUGGAAGAAGUGGACAAUUUUCUCCUGGGAAUUACCAGUUACUGUGCCUCUCCAGAAGUAGAACUUACGCUGCUAGCUUUUUCUCUGGCCAGAGGGAGCCUGACCAAAGUGUUGAAUUCACUUUGCACAAUUGCUGGCCACUUGGAAACUGCUUAUAAGGCUGCUUCUCUAAUUACUUCUAUGGCUACAGUCAGGCAAAACCUGCUCUACAAAUAUGGAACAGCCCUGCAGCUAACUCUGCAAGCUUGUGAUGUCAAAGGGAAGGAAGACAAAUCAGGACCUGAAAAUAUGCUCGUGGAACCAUGGACAGGAGAUGGCUUUCUGACAGAGACCGGAAAAAGACAGGCCAGCAUCAUUCUCUCAACUGGGACAGAAUCAGCCUUCCAGGUCACACAAAUCAGAAUCAAGGUGCGAAGAGGAGCAAUUGGAGCCCGAUGUGGACUGGUAUUUGCUUACAAUUCCUCUUCAGAUAAAUUUCAUGCAGAUAAGCAUUUCAAAAGAUUCGAGAGCUAUGACAAAUGGAAACUAGAGGAUUUCCGACACUUCCUAAAAACAAGAAGUAGCACUCUAUGUGAUGAACUUGGAGAGGAAGAUCCUGUUGGAUGGUUUGAAAUGGAAGAGGAAUGGGAUGAAGUAGAAGUCAAAAUGCAGCAGUGUAGAAUAUCUAAGUACUUGAUGAUAAAGUUCUUAUGCACCAGGCAAGAGAAAGCUGAACGACUCGGAGUACAAGGCUUAAGUGUCUUUGGUUAUAUUCGGUCAGCAUCUGAAGAACCUAGCAGAAACAAAAUCUGUAGGGAAUGUGACAAACUAAAUGGUGAUACCGUUUGUGGGAUGACUCUUCUUCUAAAAACUCUGUCCUUCAUUCAACAACUUGCACAAGACUUGGUUAAGAAGAAGGAAAGUGGUCAACGGUAUAAAUCGUAUCUGGACUUCACAGGCCUGGAUUUAAAGCUUUUCUGGAAUUUUUAUAGUAAACUUCACCAAAAUCCAAGAGAAGAAUGCAUUGAUGCCCAGGCCGUGCUCUUACAGCUUCUUCAGAGUUGUUUCUCAAUGCUUACAUCAGAUCCCAAGGCUGCAAAGACUGAGAAAGCUGCUCAGAAAACAACUCUUGAAAGUACAGAAGCAGCAGAAGAACUUUAUAAACAUUUGUGUGAAGUUGUUAACAGUGACAGUGAGUCCACACCGCUGAAGACUCUGAAGCAGGAAGUGACUAACACAUUACUGAAUGGAGCGGCCAUCUUUUUCCCCCAGAGACAUACCAGGCGGGAGCAGCUCUUUGCAAUGCUGAAUAAUAUUACAGAGCAGAAACACAAUCCAUCUGCGCAACUUACUUUCAAAUCGCUUUGUGCUUAUUUUAGUGAUCAGGAUCCAGGAGGACUUCUGCUAUUACCAGAUAAAGGAACUUCUGCAGAUGUUGAUGUUACUCAAGUGCUAACAGUGAUGAAGACUCUCCUGAUGGUGAUGUCAAAAGAGUGUGAAAUGUUGAUGAAGGACGUUGUCUUGCAAGAUACUGGCCCGGUUCUCUCAUCCUUAUUCUGGUCAGUACAGGGUAGCCUCCUGUCUUGGUGUUACUUGCAACUUAAAGGCAGUGAUGCAGCAUCUAAACGUCUUGCCAAAGAAAUCCUUACAAAAUAUGUGCAACAGUUCCUGUCAAAUAUUAAGACAAUUUUAGAUUCUCUCCUAUCUCAAUACAAUGUGAAAACCACUGUGGAAAAAUUAAGCAACUCUGUUUUUGCCAUGGUAGUUCGUCAGCUGAUGAUCUUUCUGCAGGAUUUCUGCAUUUUAGACAUCCCCCAUGGGAGCCUCCUGCAAGAUGUUGGCACAUUGACAAAAUUAUUGAAUGAUCUGUCUGCAGAGCCUGAAAAUUGUCCAAAUAAGAUGGGUAUAGAAAGCUGGCAGCAGGAGCAGCCAGUGGUACUACGAACAUGGACAACAGAAUCUCCCCAUAACUAUGAUAACAACUGCCAUGAUGUUACUGUCUUCCUGUGCCCAGGAGCAACUUCCUUUGAAGUUGAGUUUGAUGAAAGAUGUGAAACAGAGCGGAGGUAUGAUUAUCUGGAAUUUACUGAUGCCAAAGGAGCCAAAACUCGCUAUGAUACCAAAGUUGGCACAGAUAAGUGGCCUAAGAAAGUGACCUUCAAAACUGGUCCUCGGUUGCAGUUUCUUUUUUACUCUGAUAGCAGUAAUAAUGAGUGGGGCUACAAAUUCUCUGUCACAGCCUAUGGAUUGCCUGAUGUUGACAUUUCUUGGGUCCUGGAUUUGCAUCUUCUUGUGGCCAAGUUAAUGGGGCGCCUCGCCUCACAGAGUAUGGUGUUAAAAUCUUCACAAGGAGUAGAAAGUGAAAUAGAAUUGCCUCCCACAGAAGCAACAGCUGUUCUUAACUCUCCUUUAUGGAAACCUGUCUUCAGGCAUCGGAUGCGUUCUGAGCAAAUGCCAGUAGACAGAAAACAAAGCCAAACUCAACAGGAAAAUAAAAAGGCAGUCAACUCAGAUGCCAACUGCUGCCAUAAUUUUCUCCUUGAGUUCUCAAAGUCAGACCCUACCCAGGAGUUCGGUGGGCCAAAUUCUGAACUUUUCAAAGGACUCUUACAGGCAUGUAAUAAACAGGCUCCAAAGACAGAUAUAGUUGCUGGUUCCACUAUCGAUCAAGCUGUCCAAUCUACAUUUGCUGCUUUGGUGUAUCUCUCUCCAGAUUUGUAUGGGAAGCUGCAAAAAUAUGUGAAUAGUGGUGGCAAAUCUCCUUUAAGUGAAGAAUUUGCACAAGUAUAUUUGCUGGCAGAUGGGAUCAGAAUAUGGAUGCUGGAAAUGAAGCAGAAGUUCCUCAUGGGCCAAGGAAGUAAUGGGGAGGAGCAGCAGGCUAGUGAGAUGAGCGAGGUAAACCCAGAAUGUCUUGCCCAGCAGUGUAUCCAGAAAAGUCUUCUGUUGCUGAAUUUUUUGCCUGUACGGGCCAAGACUGAAGGUCUUAACUCUGAUCAUCUGGAGGACCAAGGGCAAGGCCUUAGUGGUAAACGCCAUAGGACAAGUUCUGUCAUAGAAGCAGAUUUCCAAGCUUCACAUCCAUCACCUGCUUGUGAAGCAACCGGUUUCCCUUUCCCAGAGGGAGGUCAGAACUCUGAACUCAAGAAAAAACAAGUGCCCGAUUCCCCACAGAGGGAACUGGCUUCAGCAUCCCAAAGUAAUUCCCUGGAAAAAACCUCAGAGACAGAAGAAACCUUGUCCCCACCUUCUACCCCAACCCGCAAGCCUCCAUUCAGCCGUGGAAGGCUAAGACUUCUCUCCUUCCGCUCAAUGGAAGACUCUAAACCUGCACCCAGCAUCAAGGAGAAAUAUCCCAUCUUGAAAGACAUCUUGGAUUUCAUUAAAGAUCGGUCUCUUUCCCAUGAAAGUGUCGUGAAAAUCCUUGCUUUGAGGAAAGCUCAAGCCAAAAAUAUUUUGGAAGUGCUAAAGAUGAUCCUCCAGUGCCUAAAAUCACUCAGCCAACCUCACUGUUUUGUUCCACCUUGCAUAAUUUUCCUGCUGGAGCUUUUAGCUUGCCAGAAAGACUUCACAAACUAUUUUGGACACUUAGAAGGGUGUGGGGCUGAAUUACACCGAGAAAUACGGGAAUCCUUCUACCAGCUGCUUCACUUCUUGGUCAAUGCUUUGAAAGGAUUUAACAACUACAGUGACAAAUCAUUACUGCCUGCCUUGUCCUGUGUGCAGACAUGUCUCCUUCACUUUUUGGAUAUGGGCUGGGAAGCAAACGAUCUUUCCUUCUUCAUUGAUAUUCAUCUACCACGUCUCCUCCUUACCAUGUCACAAGAAAACAUAAGUACGCAUGACAAGAUAAUUUGCCCAUGCAACAAAGAAGAAGAACUUGCUGACUACAAGCAAAACUCAGAGUGGAUGGACGAAUGCCAGGAAGGAGUUUUUGAAACCUGGUGUGACAAGAUAAGCCAAGCAGAUCCUGAUAAGCAGAGAAAGAUGCACAUGUUCAUUGCCCGCUACUGUGACCUGUUACAUGUGGAUAUAUCAUGCGAUGGGUGUGAUGAGAUUGCGCCAUGGCAUCGCUACCGCUGUUUGCAGUGCAAUGAUAUGGAUCUGUGUAAAACCUGCUUUCUGGGUGGAGUGCGACCUGAAGGUCACGAGGCCAGUCAUGACAUGAUUAACAUGGAGUAUGUUUGCAAUCACUGCCAAGGUAUUAUUGUUGGCCAGCGCAUUAACUGCAAUGUGUGUGAAGAUUUUGACCUUUGCUAUGGAUGCUACUCUGCAAAGAAGUACUCCGACAGCCACCUGCCUACCCAUAGCAUCACUGUGUAUCCAAUGGUGACCUUUAGGAUCAGUGACUGCCAUAGGCUUAUCCAGCCCUACCUUCACAACUAUUCCUGGCUCCUGUUUUCUGCCUUGGCUCUCUACAGCGCUGACUUAACUUGUGGCAAACAAGCAGAUGGAGAAGAACUCAGUCCAGAAAUCAUCGCUCAUGCUAAAAUCCUGCAGCAAGAAUGUAUUCAGUUGAUAGGAGAUUGCCUGAUGAAAGUGCAGCAUGGAAAAGGUCUGAAAAGUCAAACUCUGCUUAGCAUGUUGCCAGAAGAACCUUUGUCUGAAAAUGGGAUGCCCUCAGUUGAUUUUUCCACAGAUAGCGAUGUAGAAAAUCACACCAGUGAGAAAAUAAUGGAAAAUAACAAGAUACCCAAAUCUGCCAUCCACAGCAAUGGAGAUGGAAGCACUACUGAAAUUCAGACUUCUAAACAAGAGAGUAAAAUGAAGAUUGAGAACAAACUUUCCAAUGGUCUUCCACCAAAGAAAGAAAUGGUAUCACAAGAGAAACAGACUCUUGCUUUUAAUUCAGACUUACUUGCAAAAGAGAGCAUAUCCCCAGAUGUUGAAGUUUCUGAUACUUUGCCUCCACACCAAGCUGAAGAAAAAGCAAUGCCUUGUCAAGAGGAAGUAUUUGCUGAAUGUUCCCAGAAGAGGAUUCUCGGGCUACUAGCUGCAAUGUUGCCACGGCUGAAAUCCGGCUUAACAAUGUCUCUAAUUAACUUGGACCAAAUCCUUCCUCUUAUGUUUGAUGUUGUGAUCUCCAAUGCUGGCCAUUUAAAUGAAACUUACCACUUAACUCUGGGGCUCCUGGGACAAUUGAUUCGGAGACUGACUCCUGCAGAAGUGGAUGCUGCUGUGAACAAGGUCCUCUCCACCAAGCAUAGCCUUGUGGCUGCUGGUGAUGGCUCCAUAGUGCCAGAAGGCUGGAAAACAACCCAUCUCCUCUUCAGUCUGGGAGCAGUCUGCCUGGACAGCCGUGUCGGAUUGGACUGGGCCUGCACCAUGGCAGACAUUCUGCGAGCGCUGAACUCCUCCUCUCAGUGGCAUUAUGUGAUUGGUGCCUUCACCGACCACUGCAUCAAGCAGCUUCCCUUUCAGUUGAAACAUACCAACAUUUUCACAUUACUGGUACUUGUUGGCUUUCCAGAGGUUCUAUGCAUGGGAACCAAAUCGGUGUACAUGGAUAAUGCAAAUGAGGCCCACAAUGUGAUCAUCCUCAAGCAUUUCACAGAGAAGAACAGGGCUGUGGUUGUGGAUAUUAAAACCCGAAAGAGGAAAGCAGCUUCUACCCAUUUGGUCCAUGUUGAUAUGGGACUGUGGAACACCACUAAUAUUCAUACAUUCUUUUACCCACAGGAUAAAGUUCAUAUCCCUGGUGCUAUCUACCUCUCAGUCAAAUUUGACUCUCAGUGUAAUACCGAAGAGGGAUGUGAUGAGUUGGUCAUAGCCAGCAGCUGUGACUUCAUCCAUGAUCGACAUACAUUCAGCGGGCCUCCACACAAAUGGACUGAUUUUGAACUUCCAGGAGAUAUGCUGUACUACCGAUUCACCACUGACAUGAGCAAUACUGAGUGGGGUUACAAGUUUACAGUAACAGCUGGUCACCUGGGGAGAUUCCAAACAGGCUUUGAGAUCUUGAAGCAAAUGCUGUCGGAGGAAAAGGUAAUUCCUCAUAUUCCACUUGCGAAAGUUUGGGAAUGGCAGGUGGGCGUGGCCUGCAGGCAAAUUGGACACCAACGAUUGAAAGCCAUCCACUUGCUCUUGAAGAUCAUACAGUGCAGCGGUGAGAGGGACUGUGAUCUCACUUUGCUGAAGCCACUGUGGCAUCUUUUCAGCCACAUGGAAAAAACCAUGAAGUAUGAAGUCACUAAGCCAGGGGUCCUUCUUCCACUCCACCGGGCACUCACUGAACUUUUCUUCGUUGCUGAGAGCAGAGUUAGUGAACUUGGGUCUCUGCAGGAUUACUUGCUUGCCUUAAAUACGGAAGACCAUCUCUACCACUGUACAGCCCAGGCCCUGAAAAACAUUGCUGCUAUUAGUCUUGCCAUUAACUAUCCCAACAAAUCAACAAGUCCCUGGAAUGUCUAGACUUUCGCUGCUCAGAAUAACUUAAGUUCUUGUCCAGAGAAACUUUGGUGCAGGCGUUUUCGCUCGGUUCAUGAAUCGGAGAAAGGCAGAGGCCCCUCUUGCUUCAGUGUAUGUGCACUCUGCAGCCAGCCAACCUUUCUUCCUCCCCAACCUAGAUUCUGCAAGAGCAAAAGCGCACAUCUGGGGAAGCAGGGAGAAUUCCCUGGAGCACUUCUGGUGCCAUCAAGAGUUAUGUAUGCACUUCAUAUCUUUGGAACAGUAUUCACCCUCUGAAUCUUGGAAGAAAAAAAAGGCAGGGAAGGGGGGAUGAAGUUCCCCCAAAGAAGGAGAACUCAGGUCAUCUUCUGGCAGUCAUCACAUCCUUCGGUCAUCCUGGGCAAACCCUCUUCCCAGAAGGCUAAUGAGCGAAUGAACUGGAAUUAGCAAGUAGCAGCCUGUAAAUGCCUGAAUGUGGAUGGAAGAAGCAAGAUGUUUAAGAGGGUUUCAGGCUACAGCAUGGCAGAAAACUGAAUUGCUGCCUUACACCCUUUUUUCUUUUGAGAUGUGAGCUCCUUUCCUAGCCAAGGGGCAGCUUCCAGGAUCCAGAUCAGUUCCUACAAAUGAGUAAAAAGAAAGAAUGUAUUUUCCGGGAAGAGCAGGGUAGAUUUUGUGGACAGUUAUGGAAUGAUAGUGGUGGGGUCCGAAUUCCUGGAGAUGUCAUACAAUAAAAUUUCCCGUGGCCUGGAAUUUACAGUAUUUGCUCAUAAGAAGGCAAGAGAAAGGAAGGGGUUUUCCCCCCAAUAAGAUCACAUUGAGAAGAGAGCAGGAGUGCAACAGGGUUUUUUCCCUCCCCCAAAAUCCUAGGAGUACUGUGGUGUAGAGAAAGUAAACUACUUCAUCUUGCUUUUCACAACAGUAACCACAGAGCUCCUUCUGAAUUGGGAAGACAUAAGAUCUCAAAAAUGAAAUAAAUAGGCUUUAAUUUCUCACCUCAGGAGGGAAAAUAUCAGUGCAGGGUAGAGGAGAUUUUGUUGUUGUUGUUGUUUGGUCCUCUCCCAGGACAACUGCAUGGAAAGCUAGAUGCUUCUAUGUGGAAACCAUAUAUUGCCAGCUAUAUAUUCAUAUUAUUAUCAAGCUUGCCAGUCAUCAGUUGUGCUUCAGUAUGUCUUUCAAGAUUUUCAGAAUCCAGAGGAAACUGGAGGAUCUGAACAUUGUGAUGGCAAAUCAGUGUAGGGAAACACAUCGAAUAUAUUGCUCCUGCUGAAGCAUUAAAAAAAAAAACCAGUGUUUUCUUUAUAAAAUAAAGAUUUAAAUAUGGUUGAUCUUUUGACAGCGAAAUAAAAAGAUUCAAUGUUUCUCAAUCUUAGCAACUUUAAUGUGUGUGGACUUCAACUCCCAGAAUCCCCCAGACAACAAGGCUGGCUGGGGGAUUCUGAGAGUUGAAGUCCACACAUCUUAAAGUUGCCAAGGUUGCAAAACCCCAGGCUAGAUAUAACUGCUGAAGAUGAUGCUAGGUGCUUGCAUAUUGGUCUUCAUGAUUGUGCCAAGGGGCUGGAGCUUUCCUGGCUUAAGCAAUACACUAUAGGGAAAGUGGAGAGUACUUGACUGUUUACAAUGGCAAGUGUCAAUCAAUGUAGAAAAAAACCUCUAACUCUCUUCUCUCUCAUCUCUCUUCAAAAGCAGAAGCCAUAACCAGCACAAUCAGCUUUUGGCCAGGAUGCAUUCUCUCACAAUCAGAUUAUCUAUAAAGCAUCCAUAACAGGAGAAUGAUACCUGUUGUAGCAAAGAUAUCUAUUGUCUUCCGAGCUGUAUAUUGAGACAAGCUAUGGAUCAGGUGCAGCUAGAAGGGAAGCAUUUUCUGAAGGCUAUUUCAAUGAUAGUUGUAUCCAAACAGGCCAAAAAUCCAUUAUGAGAGCAAUGUUGCUCCUGUAAAAAAUAAAAUAAAAAAGUCCGUCACAAUUUUUAAAAGACAGGGUUUUGAUGGAUAGCUUGUUGAAAGGGGAAAGGAACUCAUGACACCUGGAGUCUCGGCUUAUUUUUCUCUCUCCUCUAAAACAAACUUGCAAAUUUUAUUCAUGGGACAGCAUGACCUGAGACCUGUAAUCAACAGCUUCAUGAUUUCAAUUCCUCCUGUUUCUGUUUGGCUUAUAAUGUGUCUCUUUCUACAUAAUCAUAUGAAUAUUGAAAAGAAAGGAACUGUUAUACCUUGCUUAUUGCUUUUCCUAUGACCAAUAAGAAUUGUGAAGCUAGAAAAGAUUGAAUCCAUCUUUUGUUCUAAUCUCUGUACAAGGAAUUUACUGGGUCACCGCUGAGCAUGAACAUAAAUCAUUGCCUUACAUUGAUUGCUCUCUUAUUUUUUCUCACAGGGAAGAAUUAUGGCCUUUGUUUUAGCUAGCGUGAAAGAUGCACAUUAUACAUUGAAUUUAAGACAGUUAACAAACAUUGCAGUUCAUUAUCUGUAGUAGUUUCAAAUGAAUGCAGAACCUGAGAUUUGAAGGGUGAAUGGGGAGAAGAAAACAAGAAACGUGCCUACAAGUGAUUUAUUGUGUAUCUUAAAUUGCAUCCAACAUAUCGAGAGACUAUUACCAUCCUAAUAUAACUUUAUUUUCCCAACAUAAAACUUAAAUGUUAGUAGUCAUUAAUUUUCCUACAUGCUUAUUUUUUGGGAGGGUGGGAGGGGAGGUGGGGUUCAAAAAAAAAUAUUUUGUUUGGGGGAGGAUAGUCUGUUUUAGUUUAACAUAAUUAAAAUCAACUUCUUAGAUUUAUUCCUGUUUGGCUUAAUAUCUAUUU